AUGCCUCACGCGCCCCCAAGAAAGAUUAUUGUCAUCCUCGGAGGAUCGUACGGUGGUGUCUCGACGGCGCACUACCUGCUCAAACAUGUCAUACCCAAGCUGCCCACCCCGGAGCUUUAUCAAAUCAUCCUUGUGAGCGCAUCAUCCCAAGCCAUGUGUCGACAAGCCUCCCCGCGUGCCCUGAUCUCCGACGAGUAUUUCGACCAGACAAAACUUUUCGUGGACAUCCGCAGCAUGUUCGCCCACUACCCCGAUGGCAGCUUUCGGUUCAUACAUGGAACAGCCACUGCGGUCGCGCACAUUGACAGAAACGUUUCAAUCGCCGUCUGGUCAGCUAUCCGACAGACCCUACCGCACGUCAAAAAUAUUGUGAUUGCAGGUGGUGGACCAGCAGGUGUAGAAACAGCCGGUGAGCUGGGAGAGUACCUGAACGGGCGCCACCCUAGCGGGUGGUUGCCCUUCGGACGCAGCCCGAACCAGCCCCCGAACGUACAAAUCACCCUCGUCACAUCCGCCUCCAGACUUCUUUCGGCCUUGCGUCCGGCACUGGCGAUCAAAGCCGAGCGUUUACUUGCUGAAAUUGGCGUGUCAGUCAUCAAGAACGCCCGCGUGCAGAGUGUCCAUCCUGACAAUGCCGGUCAGGAUGCAGUGGCUGCGACGGUGACGCUGGAAGACGGGCAGACGCUCCCUGCCGAUUUGUACAUUCCUGCUACAGGUACGAAGCCUAAUACCGGCUUUCUGGAUCUGAGUCUUUUGGCUUCGGAUGGUCGAGUCGAGACAAGUUCGACGCUGCGCGUGGAGAAUGCGGGGGAGAGGGUCUAUGCGAUUGGGGAUGCGGCUUCGUACGCGGCGCGGCCGUCAGUGCAUGGGAUUCUGCAGGCUGUGCCGAGACUUUGUGCUAACAUCAAGCGGGAUUUGUUGUUGGGUGAGAAUGGAGGAGCAGGCGGUGGUGGUGACGGAGGUUCGGUGUUCAAGGAGGAUACGCGCGAGACACAGAUCGUGCCGAUUGGGACGGCUGGGGGUGUGGGAGUGAUAAUGGGAUAUAAAUUGCCCGGGUUUAUGGUUUGGCUGUUCAAGGGGCGAGAUUAUUUUCUGUGGACGACGAAGAAGAUUUGGAGUGGAGAGCAGUGGGAUUAA